AGUGUCUACUCUGCUCAGACCUGAGUCCUCCACUCCACAUUUUCACCUUCAAAUCUCUCUCAACCAUGAAUCUUCUCAACAUGUACAACCUCAAUACCAACAUGGCCAUGCUCGAGCCAUGGGAGCGAUUGAUUUUUAACUCGGUAGUGGCUGGGCUGACUGCCAUGUCCACAUACACCAUUUACACAUACGGCCCAGACUACCUGCGUCGCACAGCCGAGCUGUUCGCAUAGUGACCGUUUUUCGUUCAGCCUGUUUGUAUGCCACGUCGCCAGCCUCAACUUGUCAACUUGUCAGCCGCAACAAUUUUCGUACAUCUGGCAAUUCAGGAACUCAAGUUACAAUUUUAACAACAAAUAAACCCCCGCGUGCCUGUUGUGUCUCCAAGAAUUUGUGUGUUCGGUCUUCCAAGGAUUGGAAAAUAAAAAGAGCGGAACAUGUUUCGCGUUUUCACCAA